GGCCUCAAGAAUAGUUGUGACUUUGUGUCGGGGAUCUUUGGCUUUUCUUACCGAUCUCUUCGAGAGCACGACCGAGAAAAAGAACAACAGACUACUCAAGACAACCCGCAAACCCUCCUAAGUUUAUCAGUCAUCAACUUGGAUCAUUUUUAAUUUUACGUCGACGCUCUUUAACGUAUCGCGAACACCUCGACGUACAGUUCCCCCGCCGUGUAGCUUAGAUUGUAAUAAAAAUAACGAGGUGGAAGGUUAACCGGGUAAAGAAAAACGAUUGACUACUGAAUUGAAUUUAUUUCAUUUAGAAAUAAAGGUCCCGUGAUUAUAAUCAUUUGAGAUUACAACAAAAGGAGAUUUAUCGAGUCAAAAAAUAAAAGUGUGUGAAUUAAUUAGCAGUGAAGUGAUUUAAUUUUUUUUACUUUGAUAGAUAAUUAUUGUAGAUCCGGUAUUUGUACUUCGAACUCUGCAUUUUAGGAUAUUAAACAAGUGUACAGUGUCUACGGACGCGCGCCCUUGUGCGCGCGCCCGAUUUUUAUUCUUCCUUUGAAAUAAGGAAGAUUACAUUCUACGAUAACAGUAUGUCGACGCGAUCAUCGACAUCAUCAUUGCUCACGACUUACCACAUUGCCAGUAACUUCAAAACACACCUACUUCAUCAUCGUCAACAUCUUUCAAGGAUAUCCUAUUCUGUUUGUGUUUAACUUACUUCAGCAUAAAAAAAACUUAAACUCUUGCAAUAAAGUGAAGUGCAAAUAAUAUAAAACAACCAAAAGUUGCCGUCGUAUUUGUAUUUUAAGAUUGACUUGGACAACGAAUAGCACGUGGCCUGGUAAGAGAUCAACGCGUUGAGCGGUUCAUUUAAACAGAAGUGCCAGAUAAGGAAGUCAGGGUGGUUCGCGGAGGGUCGGGAGGUGCGGACGCCCUGGCGACUGCCGGGGUGGUUUAUCCGCCUGCGACGGCGAGCUUGUUCCCUGGUCGUGUGCCAGCGGGACAUCAUCACCCCGAGCUCACCGGCACGUUGGAGCUGGGGUUCCCGCCACGCGGCACCACCGCCUCAAUGGCGUUGGUGGCCCCGCCACCCUCGUGGACCUCGCGGGACCCUGGAUCCACGAGCUUGGGAGGUGGUGGCGGUGGAACUAAUCAAGCUCCAGGUGGUGGUAAUCCAGGACCACUUCAAGUAUGUCCACCUCCAAUGCCACCAACACACCUUACCCCUUCGGCUACGCCUGAGGAUAUAACGUGUCUAGUACCUGUAGGUGGUGUAUUAACACCGCGGGAUCCUCUACCACCUAGCACGACCCCUGGGAGUCAAGCUAACAGCUCGCAAUCUGGCAGUUCCCAAACCGACAAAUCGCCCAAUAUUGAAUGCGUCGUUUGUGGAGACAAGAGCAGCGGCAAACACUAUGGCCAAUUUACUUGUGAAGGCUGCAAAAGUUUUUUCAAAAGGAGUGUGAGGAGGAAUUUGACGUAUUCGUGUCGAGGGAGCCGUAACUGCCCGAUAGACCAACACCAUCGGAACCAAUGUCAAUUUUGCCGGCUAAAAAAGUGCCUGAAGAUGGGCAUGCGCCGGGAAGGUAUGCAUUCGGUACAAAGAGGAAGAGUACCACCAUCGCAACCAUCUUUACCAGGUUUACCAGGUCAAUUUGGUCUGUCAAAUGGUGACGCAGUAGCUUGUGCAAGUCUGAAUGGUCAUUCGUAUCUUUCUUCCUACAUCAGUUUACUUCUCCGGGCAGAGCCUUAUCCAACGUCGCGAUAUGGUCAGUGCAUGCAACCUAACAAUAUAAUGGGCAUAGACAACAUAUGCGAACUUGCUGCAAGGCUACUAUUUUCCGCUGUCGAAUGGGCGAGAAAUAUACCGUUCUUUCCUGAUCUCCAAGUCACGGACCAGGUGGCACUUCUGAGGUUAGUCUGGAGCGAGCUAUUCGUGCUGAAUGCAAGCCAAUGCUCGAUGCCACUUCACGUGGCUCCUUUAUUAGCAGCAGCAGGUCUUCAUGCAUCCCCUAUGGCUGCAGAUCGAGUUGUUGCUUUUAUGGACCACAUAAGGAUAUUUCAAGAACAGGUGGAGAAACUGAAAGCACUUCAUGUCGACUCUGCCGAGUACAGUUGUCUCAAGGCAAUCGUCCUCUUCACGACAGAUGCCUGUGGUCUAUCAGAUGUAGCACACAUCGAGUCUCUUCAAGAAAAAUCACAAUGUGCAUUAGAGGAAUACUGCAGAACUCAAUACCCAAAUCAACCAACGAGGUUUGGAAAGCUACUACUUCGAUUGCCCUCAUUACGAACAGUAUCAUCGCAGGUAAUAGAGCAGCUAUUCUUCGUACGUCUAGUUGGCAAGACACCUAUAGAAACACUCAUCAGAGACAUGCUCUUAAGUGGCAGCAGCUUUAACUGGCCCUACAUGUCUACGAUGUGACACUCCGUAUGGCGGCAGCUAGCUUCCGCAUAAUAAUCAUACUCAUUUGUUGUUCCACUUGGCUGGAAUUGAACUUGAUGGUCUAUCGUAUUUCAAAUAGCUUUCACAGCAAUUUACAUAGUCUGUGAUUUUCUCCCUUUAUGACAAUUUUCAUGACAUGACGAAGAACCAAGAGGGAGAUUGGAAUUCGGACGCGUGCCGUAAUACUUCUUCUUCACUUUGCUCAUAGCCACAUCCAAUCUCAACAAGUCACGGGGUCGUGUGACACUCGUCUGCCUACGCAAAGGAAAGAUGAGUAUUGGAAGAAGUGCAUGAGAUGAGCAUAAAUCCAGACGAUGGAACUGGCGUCAAAGAGAGAGGUCGAACGUGCAUGGCCAUUCAAGUUACGACUUAUCCUCUAACUUGGAUAUAUACUAAAGAUCUGUCUGUAAAGAAUUCAAAGCCGUUGGAAAUAUUGUAGACAUGGUAGAACAUUUAUAAUAUGGCUCAAGUACGAAUUUUGAUGAAAAUAAAUAAAAGAAAAAUUUCAAUAAUAGAAAAACGAAAAACUAAUGAAGAAAAACUGUGUAUGAUAUUGUAAAAAAAUGUGGCAAUGUUAAAAGUUAAUUACUUAUCAAUUUUAGCAAACAAUUGUUAGUCUUUAUAUGAAUUAUUUUUUAUGUUAUUAUUAUUAUUAUUAUUAUUAUUAUUAUUAUCAUAAUUAUUAUAAUUAUUAUUGUCUAUUUUUUGAAUUUAAUAUGUAACAAACGCAUUAUUGUGAAAAUUGACUGUGAAAAAUCAUUUGGAAUUUAUUUAGAAGAAGAUAAUAACAAUAUUCAUAGACAUUCGUAUUGAAGUACGAUAAAGUGUCAAAAAGAGUUUGAUUAAAUUGAACUUGUGAGUAAGUUUUUUAGAUGAAAUUUACAAAAAUGUAUAUCACGUGGAUUUAAGCGUUCAUAAUUAACAUGCCUGGAACGCAAUUGCUCAGAUUGAUGCAUGAUUAAUAACAAUAAGAAAAAGACGUUAAAAGUAAAAGAAUACAAUAAAUGUAUUAUAAUUCCGUCGAAAGGUGUUAGUGGUCCUUUCCUUAAAGUUACUUGACAAGCCUCCUUCUUUUUUGUAUACGUAUGUAACAUACAUAAAUGUGAUGUAUAAAGACAACUUUUGUAUAAAUAAUGUAAAUAUUUAAUAUAUAAUGCAAAUGUCAAUGCGUAAAUGUAUAAAGCAUAAAAAAGCAAUACGUAUUAAAAUAUACGUAAUAUUAUGUUAUAGAUAAUAAUAUUAUUGUGUAGAAAAAGAAAAGGUAUACAUUGAGGAAACAAUUUAUUUAUUUUUAAUAAAUCUUCUCUCAGUGCAUACACAUAUAAGAAAAGCACGUAUACAAUGAUUAGGAUGAAUUAAAUGUGCGUAUGUAAAUAAAAUUGCAUUCGCCAGACACACAAAUAAAUAUAUAAUAAAUGAAAUCAAAUGAAAAUUAUAUAGCUUAUAUUAAUCAGCGUACAUGAUAUAGGUAUUAUACACAUUAAAAUGUUGAUAAUUUUAUUAAUAACACAGUAACAAUAAUACAUAAAAAAAAAAGAAAAAAUAAAAAUGUAUUUACAAAUUCGUAGUUAUUAUGGAUAAAUAAUAAUGCGACUGGUCUUCUUUGCUAAAAAGAAAUUAUUAAAUGAGAUGAUAUCCUGUUGCAAAAAGUAAUAUUCCGUUGUUUAAUUAUUUUUUUGGAUACUGAGAAAUAGUUGUAAUAAAAAAUUACAAUAAUGUAGUAAAAAAUAAUUAUCUGACUUUUUUUUUCUUUAUUAUUUAAUUUUUAUUAACAUGCUUUCAAAGUCUGCCACCAUCACCAUUCCUUCAUUACUCCAAGAGACGAAACAAAAUUGAUUUUAUCUAGUGAAAAUUUUCUUACUGAAUAAAAAUAUAUUUUUUAUUAUUUAUUGAUAAUAUAAACAAGUUGUAAUGUUUUAUUUUAUUAUUGCAUUAUUUUCUAUGUGCUAAAGACAAAAAAGUAUUCUUUAAUGCAAUAAAAAUACAAUGAAUCAGUUUAAAAUGGGAGGAUUGAAAAAAACAAUAGUUUCCCGUUUGUCACGAAGCACAGUGAGAAAUUAUUUGUGUAUCGUGUCGCGGAAUUCGUCUUCGCGUCGUCUUGAUGAAGAUUCUCUUACUCACCAAUUGUUUAUAUUAGGGUACCAAACGAUUCGUCGGUCGUGGUGGAAUUCUCGGGGGUCAGGCAACCGCGACGAAGAGAGUUCCGAGACCGAGACAAGGCAUUCGAAAAAAAAUUCUACAAAAUAAAGAAGAAUAAUAAGAAAACAACGACAAUUUAAAAAAAAAAAAAAGUGAAACCAAUGAGGAGAAGACUACUACUACCGGAGCUACGAGAAGAACUCUUCCUCUGCAGUAUCUACAUUGGUGUUUCCUUUUCUCUUUUAUAACACAACUUUGUCUUGCGUCCAAAGAAAAAGAAUACAAGACAGCAGAGUAAGAAGGAAAGAAAGAGAUCAUGAGAGAGACGCUACUGAGGAUUUCGCCAAAGGGUGAAAGCUCUUCGUGUAUCGUUGAGGAUCGUGACUGGAUUUUCUGCGGUUCUCUGCCGAACGUUCAGCAAAGACCUCGUUCCUUCGGUCCCGUGACUCCAGUGUGUAUAUGGUCCGGUUUAUCGUUGCCUCUCCAACAUGUACAGCUUUAACUGACUGUCUAUACUUCUCUCUUAUAUGUCUCUUGACUCUGUCUUUAAAAGUCCUGUAUCGUCUUGACCCCCAUGGCGUAUCCUACUCUUUGUAAUACAGGACAAUACUGCUACUCCUCCUACUUUCAGCAUCAGACACUGCUUUGGACUCAUUGCGCCCUUCUCUUUAUUCACGUAUUGAACAUUAUCGGAGCAAAUCCUGUACUUCCAAGAUAAUAAAUUGUGAAUUCUGUUCACAAAUUGUCCAGUUA